AAGAAUGAGUAAUACAUUUAUUCCUUCUCCAUCAUCAAACUACUAUCCUUCCUAUACUCUCCUUUUCAUAUCUCUCCGAAUCCUUCUACCUGUAAGAAAACAAAAUGAGUUGGGUUAUGUUUGUUCUUCAUCAAUUUCUUCUGUUAUUUCUCUUGUCUUCUUCUUCUUUUUCUACUUCUGCACGCCAUACCUGCCUUGAGGACCAGAGAUUUUCACUUCUCCAAUUUAAAACAACAUUUACCAUAACUGCUAAUGCCUCUGUUUUUUGCGAAUCUGAUUCUCAUCCUAAAAUGGUGUUCUGGAAUGAGAGUAGUGAUUGCUGCUCGUGGGAGGGGGUCACGUGCGACUGGUCCAAUGGUCAUGUGAUUGGACUUGACCUCAGUUGCAGCCAACUUCAGGGCACCAUCCAACCCAACACCACCCUCUUCCACCUUCGUCACCUCCAAACCCUCAAUCUUGCCUUCAAUGACUUCAAUUUCUCUACAAUUUCACCUGAUUUUGGCUCCUUUCCAAGUUUGACCCAUCUCAACCUCUCUUGCUCUAAUUUUACUGGCCAAAUUCCUUCAAAAAUCUGCCAUCUGUCCAAAUUGGUUUCCCUUGACCUCUCUUAUUUGAAAUAUCCUUACUAUUCUUCUCCGGGGAGACUUGAACAACACACUUUCAAUAUGCUCCUUCGAAACCUAACCCAAUUAAGAGAACUACACCUUGAUUGGUUGAAUAUCUCUUCACCUUUACCUCAUGCUUUGCUAAAUCUAUCUUCUUUGACAUCUCUCAGUCUUCGCAAUUGUCAACUGCGUGGGAAAUUCUCAGAAAACAUUUUUCACUUUCCAAACCUACGAGAGCUCCGUGUAUGGGGAAACCGGGACCUCACAGGUAAACUUCCAUACUUCAAUGCAACUAGUUCCCUUCAGUUUCUUGAUCUUGGCGGCAUAAUUUUUUCUGGUCAAUUGCCUGAAUCAAUCAGCAAUCUUAAAGCCUUGAAUAUUUUGUACCUCUUCAACUGCAACCUUUCGGGGUCCAUUCCAGCUUCUGUUUGUAACCUUACAAAAAUCACCAAUUUAGCCUUAUCGUCUAAUAGUUUCAGCGGUCAAAUCCCCUCAUCAAUUUCAAACCUUGCAAAGCUUAGAGCCUUGUAUCUUUACGAAAACAAUUUGAACGGACAAAUACCGGAUUCCCUUGGCAACAUGAGCCAACUUACUAACUUGUAUCUUUCCGGAAACAAUUUGAACGGUCAAAUACCGGAUUCCCUUGGCAACAUGAGCCAACUAACUUCUCUCGUUUUGAAUUUAAACUCACUCAAUGGGACAAUACCAUCUUCGUUGUUUGCUCUGCCAUCACUGGUUGAGAUAGUAUUGAGUAACAAUAAGCUACAGGGACCAAUUCCAGGAUUAGUUUAUGAACUCCAGAACCUAACAUACUUGUGGGUUUCAUCAAAUAACUUAAGUGGUGUAGUGGAUCUAGAUAAGCUUCUAAAGCUUAAAAAUCUGAUCUCUCUUGAUCUCUCAUAUAGUGGUCUCUCAUUGAGCAUCAACAACAGUGUCAACUCUACCUUGACCAACUUUGAAACUAUAAAAUUAGCUUCUUGCAACUUGAGCGAAUUCCCAAACUUCUUGAGAGAACAAGCCAUAUUGCGUGAUCUAGACCUUUCAAACAACCAAAUUCAUGGUGAAGUUCCAAAAUGGUUAUUCAAUGUGGGGAAAGAUUCAUUGCAAAAUUUAGAUCUUUCACAUAAUUUCCUUACAAGUUUAGAGCAUCUUCCAUGGAAGAAUCUACAAUAUAUUGACCUGCACUCCAACUUACUUCAAGGACCACUCCCUAUUCCACCUAACACCACAAUUGUUUUCUCUAUCUCAAACAAUAAAUUAAGCGGGGAAAUCCCUUCAUUGAUUUGCGGUCUGAGUUCACUUCAAGUUCUUGGUCUGUCUAAUAACAGUUUGAGUGGCUUGAUUCCACAAUGUUUGGGAAACUUGAGCAACAGUCUCUCGGUGCUGAAUUUAGGGAUCAAUAGCUUUUCUGGCACCUUUAUUGCAACAUUUACCAAAGGCAAUUCGCUAAGGAAUCUUAACUUGAAUGGCAACCAAAUUGAAGGACAAGUUCCGCGAUCAUUGCUCAAUUUUAGACACUUGGAAGUUCUAGAUCUUGGAAAAAAGAAGAUAAAUGAUACAUUCCCCCACUGGUUGGGAACUCUUCGAAACUUGCAGGUUAUUGUCUUGAGAUUUAAUAUGUUUCAUGGUCCCAUAGUCACCUUCAAGACCAAGGGCAAACAUCCUUUCCCCAAGUUGAGAAUUAUCGACAUAUCCUAUAAUGAGUUCACUGGGCUUUUGCUGACAAACUAUAUCAAACAAUUUGAAGCUAUGAUGAAUGCAAAUGAACAUGAAAUGAAAUUGAAAUACAUGGAUUGA